GCUUCGGUGUGUCGGGCCCACACACUUUCAAUACUCGCCGCCGCCCAAGGCAAAAGCCGACCGGGGAAGUCGCGUGAAGAGAGGAGGGCGGCUGUGCCCAAUGCGGUUUUUUUUGUGUGCUCAUUGUGCUUUCUUUUAAUUAUAGAUGUUUAAAGGGGUUUCAGCAGCUUCACUUGCACUCUUCACGAAUGGUAGGUGUUUUGGAUCGCUCACUGCAUCUCCAGGAAACAGCUCGUCCAGAGCAGAAUAUUCAUGAUAGAAGCUGGCAUUGGUGUCAAUGAGUUCUUUCUAUAAGGUUAUUGCAACUUGAGGGGAAUCAAGUAUUGACUGUUGAAGUUUUUGAAGUGGCAGUGGUAAUUGAAGGUUACAAUGAUGAAAAAUGUCCACCUGGCACCUGAAAUAGAUGAAGAUGAUCUUUAUACUGGCUAUAAUGACUAUAACCCUACGUUUGAUACAGAGGAUUUAGAGAAUGAUCCAGCUUUUCAACGGGCUGUUAAAACUAGCCAUGGUAGAAGACCUCCACUUACAGCCAAAGUUCCGGGUACCUCAGUUUCACGACCAUUAGCUACUGGAUAUGCGUCAAAGGCAGCACUAUCUUCAUCAAUGGGCAGACCAGUGACAGCUGCUGUACAGGAUGGCGUUGCUCGACCUAUGACCGCGGUGCAAGCAGCAGGCUACAGCAAAGCAACUUCAAGAGGUUCUGCCUUUGAUCCGCUUGGUCAAGCAAGAGGUCCAGCUCCUCCUUUAGAAAUGAAAAAUGAAGAUAGUCCAGAAGGAAAGAUUAAACAACUGGAAAAAAAGGUGAAUGAACUGGUUGAAGAAAGCUGCAUUGCUCACAGUUGUGGUGACUUAAAGCUGGCUCUUGAAAAGGCAAAAGAUGCUGGGAGAAAGGAAAGAGCAUUGGUAAGGCAACGUGAACAGACAAUGUCUCCUGCAAACAUCAAUCUAGAUCUUACAUACACUGUGCUUUUCAACUUGGCCAGCCAGUAUUCUGCUAAUGAAAUGUAUGCAGAAGCACUUAAUACCUAUCAAGUCAUAGUGAAAAAUAAAAUGUUUGUCAAUGGAGGCAUGCUGAAGGUGAACAUGGCAAAUAUUUAUUUAAAACAGAGAAACUAUUCAAAAGCUAUUAAAUUUUAUAGGAUGGCUCUAGAUCAGAUUCCAAGUGUCCAUAAAGAGAUGAGGAUUAAAAUAAUGCAGAACAUUGGAGUUGUGUUUGUGAAGACUGGCCAAUAUACCGAUGCCAUUAACUCAUUUGAGCACAUCAUGAGCACGCUGCCAAAUCUCAAAGCGGGCUUCAACUUGAUCCUCUGCUAUUUUGCUACUGGAGACAGAGAACAAAUGAAAAAAGCCUUCCAAAAAUUGAUUACGGCUCCACUGGAAAUUGAUGAUGAUGACAAAUAUAUCUCUCCCGGGGAUGAUCCACAUACAAACCUAUUGAUAGAAGCUAUUAAGAAUGAUAGUUUAAGGCAAAUGGAGCGUGAGAGGAAAUCUACAGCAGAAAAGUAUAUAAUGACAGCUGCUAAACUUAUUGCACCAGCAAUAGAGACGUCAUUUGCUGUAGGCUAUGACUGGUGUGUAGAAGUAGUAAAAGCUUCCCAGUAUGUGGAAUUAGCGAAUGACCUGGAAAUAAAUAAGGCAAUUACUUAUCUGAGGCAAAAGGACUUCAAUCAGGCUGUGGAGACUUUAAAGAUGUUUGAAAAAAAGGACAGCAGAGUAAAAAGCGCAGCUGCAACGAACCUUUCAUUUCUUUACUUCUUGGAAAAUGAAUUUAAGCAGGCGAACAACUAUGCAGAUUUAGCAGUGAACACCGAUAGAUACAACCCCUCUGCCCUUACAAAUAAAGGAAAUACUAUUUUUGCAAAUGGAGAUUAUGAAAAAGCAGCAGAGUUCUACAAGGAAGCUCUCCGGAAUGAUUCCUCAUGCACCGAGGCCCUUUAUAAUAUUGGCUUAACAUAUAAGAAGCUGAACAGGUUAGAUGAGGCACUGGAUGCUUUUCUGAAACUUCACGCUAUCCUUCGUAAUAGCGCUCAAGUUCUCUUCCAAAUAGCAAAUAUGUAUGAACUAAUGGAGGAUCCUAAUCAAGCCAUCGAGUGGCUUAUGCAGCUCAUUAGUGUGGUUCCAACCGAUUCGCACGCGCUAGCAAAGCUUGGAGAACUCUACGAUAACGAAGGGGAUAAGUCUCAGGCUUUCCAGUAUUACUGUGAGUCCUAUCGGUAUUUCCCUUCAAACAUUGAGGUCAUUGAAUGGCUUGGAGCCUAUUACAUUGACACACAAUUUUGUGAAAAAGCCAUUCACUACUUCGAAAGAGCAGCGCUUAUUCAGCCCACUCAGGUAAAGUGGCAGUUGAUGGUUGCCAGUUGCUACCGAAGAAGUGGUAACUAUCAGAAAGCCCUGGAUACCUACAAAGCGAUUCACAGAAAAUUUCCUGAGAAUGCUGAAUGUCUUCGUUUCUUAGUCCGCCUCUGCACAGACAUGGGACUGAAAGAAAUCCAAGAGUAUGCAACAAAGCUCAAGAGAGUGGAGAAAAUGAAAGAAAUAAGGGAACAGCGUGUCAAGUCUGGCCGAGACGGUAGUGCUCGUGCCCGCAGAGAAGGAAGUGCUGGUGGUGCGACCCCUUCUCCUGAGCAUAAGCCUAAUUUGGUCUCUGAAGUGUUAACAGAUCCUGGUAGUAUUACUGUUAAAGCAGAGCGACUGAGUGCAAAACUAAAGUCCUUGCCAGGCACAAAUGAUCCUUAUGAAACAAGCAUCACUAAAGAAAUCGACGCCUCCUAUAUAGACCCACUCGGACCACAAAUAGAGAGACCAAAAACUGCCCUAAGGAGAAAAAUGGAUGAAGAUGAAUUUGCUGAUGAAGAAUUAGGAGAUGAUUUGCUUCCAGAAUAAACUAGAGGUCCAGUGGAAUAAGUUUUGAAAGUGAGAGGAAAAACAUUUUUCAUGGUUUUUGCUAAAUUUGUGAAAAUUCUUAUAUUUAUUUUAGCAAUGUGUAUGUCAACUGUGUAUUUCCAUUAAAAAAUUUAAAUAGA